GUUGUUGAAAGUUGGAGAACACAUUAGCACGAGGCUUGACGGGAAAGGUAUCUCAUGGAUUUUUGCUAGCUGACUUACUUAGAUGUUUUGUGGGUACCAUUGCACAGGCCAUUGAAGAGACCGUUGAUUGUUCGGGGAUCUUUUGCACACGAUCAUAUAAGCGGAUAUCUGAUAAGGCUUAAACGUACAACGUCCUGAUUUUUGUAUUUUUUGAAAGAUAUGGAAGGGUCAAGUGCGGAUCUAAAUUCAGAUCAACAGUUCCGAUCAAUGAAUGAUACUGAAGGUGAACAAUUGGAUUCGACGCCAAAUCCCUCAUAUCUUCAGGUAGCGAUCUCGGAGCCUAAUGAAGCUGAUGUGAAUGCGGUAUCGUUAAGCAACUUGGAUUCAACAGAGCACAUUCCAUCUACUAACAUAGAUUCCAACCAAAACUUGACGACUGAAAUUUACACAUCCUCGUAUGGCCAUCAUGUCAGUGCAGCAGAAACACAAAUGGCCGGUGCGCCGGAAUUGGAGGUUGAUUCUAUACAUUCUUCGAACAGUAGUGAUGCAGAUUCUACCAUGGGCAAUUCAUUCAUAAGUUCUACAGUUUCUGUACGAGAAAGUUUGUACGAAUUUGUAGAGGAAAAUGGCCGGACAUAUCACGCAUAUAAUUCGGGAAAGUAUAUUCUCCCUAAUGAUGAUGCCGAGCAAGAGAGAUUGGAUCUACAACAUCACUUGUUCUCUUUAUUGUUUGAUGGGGCUUUGCACCUUGCUCCUCUUCCCUCUGAGCUCCACAAUGUUUUAGAUAUUGGGACCGGAACUGGCUUAUGGGCAACAGAAUUCGCCCAGCAAUAUCCUUCAGCUCAAGUAAUCGGCACAGAUCUCAGUCCAAUCCAACCGAUCUAUGUACCUCCAAAUUGUAGUUUUGAGGUAAACGACGCAGAAGAACCCUGGAACUACUCCCAAAAAUUUGACUACAUCCACGGCCGGGCCAUGGUCUGUUGCUUUAGCGAUCCCGCCGGUGUAAUAAAUUCUGCCUACGACUCCCUUCGUCCCGGCGGUUACUUUGAGAUGCAAGACCCGCAGAUGCCCAUAGUAGGCAUCGACUCUUCGAUAAAAGACACCGCUCUUGAAGAAUGGGUUCGAGUAACAUGUCUUGCCGCCGAGCGUCGCGGGCGUAAAGUAACAAAUUCAAGAUACUACGGGAAAUGGAUGGCUGAGGCGGGGUUUGUGGAUAUCGUCGAGAAACAUUUCUUUUGGCCGUGUAAUCCAUGGGUCGGAGGGGAGAAGGAGAAGUUGCUGGCAAUGUGGACGCAGCAGAAUUUGUUGGAUGGUAUUGAAGGGAUGACUAUGAGAAAUUUGACGGCGGGAUUGGGCUGGACUCCCGAACAGGUAGAAAUUUUGUUGGUGGGUGUUCGGAAGGAUCUCAAGAAUAAGAGGAUCAAUUAUCAUGUUGAUGUAGUGGUCUUUUAUGGAAGGAAACCAGGACUGGUGGAACUGGCAAACGGGGAGGAUUCCGAUUGAUGGUUUCAGUAUUGGCAAUGCGUACUUUUCUCCAUGGUGAAGCUUCAGAGUGUAGAUAUCCCUAGUGUAUAUAUGUUCCGCGUUAACGAAUUAUCAUUUUGGGUUAGGUGUGGGUGAAAUUGAUGGCA